AUGGCAGACAUCCCCCCAAUCCCGUCAUCAUCCCCAGGCGCCGAUACCCCAACCUCAAGCGUCUCUGAGCAGGCACGAAUCCGCAAAGAGAGACGAGAAGCCAAGAUCCGGGCAGGAGGUUCAGCAAGACUGAACAAGAUUUCCGGUCUUGGAGGAGGAGUAGAACGAGAUGCACCAACUCCCCCACCAGCCUCAACCGCAGACCCAGCCGAAGUAGACAUAUCCCAACACUUCUACGAACCCGCUCGCACCCGCCGCACUCCAAACGCAUCACCCGCCCCAGGAGGCCAGUCCAUGGGAGAUGACCAGCUCCGACAAAUGAUGCUAGGCUUUGACCCCUCAGCAAUGGGCGGCGCGCCUCCAGGUGCAGGCGGAAACCCAAAUCCAUUUGCAGGUUUCCCAGGCAUGGAAGGCAUGGGUGGUAUGGGGGGACCGGGUGGUGAAGAUCCCAUGAUGAAAAUGAUGCAGCAGAUGAUGGGCGGCGGUAUGCCCGGCGAAGGAGCAGACGGCAUGCCAUCUUUCCCGGGUAUGCCUAGCAUGUCUAGUCCAGCCCAGCAAGCAGAUCCCUACGCAUAUAUCUGGCGAAUCGUGCACGCCGUUUUCGCACUCUCGCUAGGCCUCUACAUCGCGUUCACCACCACAUUCUCCGGAACGAAGAUCGAGCGGGAAAGAAGCGGGCUCGCGUUCGCGGAGAGUGGAGUCAGUGCAGCGAGCGUGCAUUUCUUCUGGAUCUUCGCUACGGCCGAGGUCCUCUUGCAGAGUAGCCGCUUUAUGUUGGAGAAGGGCAAGACGCAGCAGGCGGGCAUUGUGGGCAUGGUUAUGGGGUUUUUGCCAGAGCCGUAUAAGGGGUAUCUGGAGCUUGUCAUGAGGUACUCGAGGAUUUGGACGACGGUUAGUGGGGAUGCUAUGGCUUGUGUGUUUGUUUUAGGGGUAUGUGCUUGGGUGAGAGGUAAUUAG